ACUCCUCUUCUCCCCGGGCUGGCGAACACUUUCCUCGAACUUCCACCAGGUGUGCACGGCCCCCGGCGCCCCUACCAGGCACCAGGCUCCCGGCACCCCUACCAGGCACCAUGGACUGGAAGACACUCCAGGCCCUACUGAGUGGUGUGAACAAAUACUCCACGGCAUUCGGGCGCAUCUGGCUGUCGGUGGUGUUUGUCUUCCGGGUGCUGGUGUACGUGGUGGCCGCAGAGCGCGUGUGGGGGGACGAGCAGAAGGACUUUGACUGCAACACCAAGCAGCCAGGCUGCACCAACGUCUGCUAUGACAACUUCUUCCCCAUCUCCAACAUCCGCCUCUGGGCCCUGCAGCUCAUCUUCGUCACAUGCCCCUCGCUGCUGGUCAUCCUGCACGUGGCCUACCGCGAGGAGCGGGAGCGGCGGCACCGCCAGAAGCACGGUGACCAGUGCGCCAAGCUGUACGACAAUGCAGGCAAGAAGCACGGCGGCCUGUGGUGGACCUACCUGCUGAGCCUCGUCUUCAAGCUCGUCAUCGAAUUCCUCUUCCUCUAUGUGCUGCACACUCUCUGGUAUGGCUUCAGCAUGCCACGCCUCGUGCAGUGCUCCAACGUGGCACCCUGCCCCAACGUGGUGGACUGCUACAUUGCCCGGCCCACUGAGAAGAAGGUCUUCACCUACUUCAUGGUGGGCGCCUCUGCCGCCUGCAUUGUGCUCACCAUCAGCGAGAUCUGCUACCUCAUCUUCCACAGGGUCCUAAAAGGCGUCCGCAAGAAUAGGUCCCCAGGCAGCCACAAUGCCAGAUCCUCAGCCAGCCGGGCCUCCACCUGCCGCUGCCACCACAAGCUGGUGGAGACUGGGCAGUUGGUCGUGCCCUCCAGCGACGACCAGCCACAAGCUUCAGCACCCACUCUGACCCCCAUCUGACCAUGGACGGGGGAGUGAUACCGGGUCUGCCGAUGGAGACAGGUAGAGAGGUAUCCUGCCCGUGGAGGGCUCCUACAGGUGCUGGGUGCCCCCAUGUUGAAUUCACCACGCUAUCCAAUUUCAUCUGUGGUAGAUACUUUUUGAGUGUUGGGCACUGUGCUGAAUACUUGGGUAUAGGCCACACCAGAGGCCCAGUGCCAGCCCUCGGGGGAGACUGACAUUGAACCUAUUAACUUAACUAUUGGCAACGGGAUGCUUGGGGCACUCACAGCAGGGCUUCUACCCAGCCCAGGAGGGAGCGGUCAGGUGAGGCUUUCCUGAGAAGUACGGUUAAGAGAGGUGAGAAGUGCUCCAAGCAGAGAAAUGGCAGGCACAGAGGCCUGAGGCCACAGGAAGAGGGAUGCUAGCCCUGGGCUGGCUGCACCGGAGCACAGAGAAUUUUCCUUCCCUUGGAAGAAGCACCCAGAUCCCUGCAGUGCAGAGGAAGUUUCGCAGCAGCAGGAGGUCUGGAGGCCUGAGAAAGGCCUGGGAAGAGGAGGAGGAGGCUCUGGUGACAGCAGCCUCUCCUGGAGACACCCAGGGAUUCUCUGAGUCACCACUGCUCUCCUCCUCUCCCCUGCUCCACUCUCCCAACCUUGGGAAGCUUGGCUCCCGUCUUCCGCCUGCAAAUGCGCUCAGCCUGGUGCCAGGCUUUCCGACUCGGCUCUGUGGGA